UUUGAAUGUCAACUCCACGUAAAUUUAAUCUUCCUCCAACUAUUACACAUACGCACAGUAAGCUGCUUGCAAAUUUAAAUGCAAAUGGCUUUUGGCCUUUUGGGUUGAACUCGUAAUCCUUUAACACUCGAGAAGAGUUGCAGAGCAACUAGGAACAUCAAAAAACCACAAUUAUAAUGCGAUUGUAAACCGGCUAAAAUGUGUAAUUAAUUAAAGCGUGCCACGAAACAUCAGAAGCAGAAAAAGACAGCAAAAAAUAAUGGAAAUAAAGAAAAUAACUCAGCCGCCAACGCGUUGGCUAAUUUAAAUUCAUUAUGGACUUCCAGCCUCAGGCGGAUGGCUCAAGACAUGGGCUGAGCUCUCUGAGAACAUCAAUUUUUCAAGCAAUUUAAUUGAAGAACGCAGCAGAAUUUUAGAUUUAAGCCGCGUUGUGAGGCAUUAAACAGCAAAUAAAAACUCUGCAUUUCUUUAUCCUUGUGAGCCACAAAAAACAGAAACGAGAGAAAAAGAGAAAAGGAAACGCGUUGGCUGCUGAGAUUCCUUUUUAUUCGUUAUGCUGAGUAAUUUCCUAAAUUAUAACGAAGCACACGUGCAAAUUGGGCAAAAGCGAAUAAAAACCAAACCAAAACCGAGGCGAAGCGAAACAAAAUCAAAUCAAAUGAAAUGAAAUUAUACGAGCCGACGCGACGCGACGAAUCACAUUUAUUAUUAUUAGUAUUAUUCUUAUUGUAUUUGUACAUUUAUUGUAUGUACUCGCAGAUUGUUUAACGCCCAAUCCCGGAAUGUCUAAACAAUCCUGUAUUAAUGGAAAUCAAAGUACAUCAAAAUAAAAUUAAAUGCCAUAAAUAAAAUCGCAUAUAUAAAAAAGGAGAAAUAAAAUAAAAAUACUAAAACAAAACAAAAACAAAAUACGCGCUUUUGGCAGCUUGAUGUGACCCGUACUGAAGAACACAAAAUAAAAUGGACUCGUUGAUCAACAUAACGUCAACUGCUAAGCAACCCUUAGAAAUGUGCCAACGUCGCGUCAAUUAACUGCAAAUUGAGGCCUCUAUACGGAUUAUUUUGACGUCUAGCACAUUGGCAAAAUGUAUGGUCUGCUGUUGGAAAAUCUGUCGGAGUACAUCAAGUCCGUGUACGGAGAGGAGAAAUGGGAGGACAUAAGAAGACAGGCUGGCAUCGAUUCACCCUCAUUCAGCGUUCAUCAAGUUUAUCCAGAGAACUUGCUGCAGAAGCUGGCGAAGAAGGCGCAAACGGUGCUGGGAGUUUCAGAACGCGAAUUCAUGGAUCGCUUGGGAGUCUACUUCGUGGGCUUUGUGGGUCAGUAUGGCUACGAUCGCGUGCUGUCUGUGCUGGGGCGACACAUGCGAGACUUCCUCAACGGAUUGGAUAAUCUGCACGAGUAUCUGAAGUUCUCAUAUCCACGCAUGCGUGCACCAAGUUUUAUCUGUGAGAACGAGACGAAGCAGGGACUCACGUUGCACUAUCGGUCGAAGAGGCGUGGCUUUGUCUACUACACAAUGGGACAGAUCCGUGAGGUGGCAAGGUAUUUCUACCACAAGGAGAUGCACAUUGAGCUGGUGCGCGAGGAGAUAUUGUUCGAUACGGUGCACGUGACCUUUCAGCUGACAUUCGAUAAUCGCGCCUUUACACUCGCAUCGCUGGCCAUGACGCGAGAGGAGAAGCACUUGCCCAUUAGUGCCCACGUACUCUUCGAAAUAUUUCCAUUUUGCAUUGUGUUUGGUGCUGACAUGGUGGUGCGCAGCAUUGGCAACUCUUUGAUGGUCAUAUUACCAGAAUUGCUGGGCAAGAAGAUUACUGCGUGGUUCGACUUGGUGCGGCCACUGAUUGCCUUCAAGUUUCAAACUAUUCUUAACCGCACCAACAACAUCUUUGAGCUGGUCACCGUCGAUCCAGUCACUGAGCGUUUGGAUGCACAAAAUGAAGAUUUGCUGCUGCAUGACGAUGGCAGCGAGCCGGAAAAGUCGCUUCGUCUUAAAGGCCAAAUGGUCUAUAUGGAAAACUGGCGCAUGAUCAUGUUCCUGGGCACACCUGUUAUGCCCGAUCUGACAUCGCUGAUCACCACAGGACUCUACAUCAACGAUCUGUCCAUGCAUGAUUUCAGUCGCGAUCUUAUGCUCGCUGGUACACAACAGUCUGUGGAGCUCAAGCUGGCGCUGGAUCAGGAGCAGCAAAAGUCCAAGAAACUGGAAGAGUCGAUGCGUAAGUUGGACGAGGAAAUGCGACGCACCGACGAGUUGUUGUAUCAGAUGAUACCCAAGCAGGUGGCAGAUCGUCUGCGACGCGGAGAGAAUCCCAUUGAUACAUGUGAGAUGUUUGACAGCGUUUCAAUUUUGUUCUCGGAUAUUGUGACAUUCACCGAGAUCUGUAGUCGCAUCACACCCAUGGAGGUGGUGUCCAUGCUGAAUGCCAUGUACUCGAUCUUUGAUACUCUAACCGAACGCAAUUCGGUCUACAAGGUGGAGACAAUUGGCGAUGCCUACAUGGUGGUAGCUGGAGCACCGGACAAGGAUGCGAACCAUGCUGAGCGAGUCUGUGAUAUGGCCCUGGAUAUGGUGGAUGCCAUAACCGAUUUGAAGGAUCCCUCGACGGGACAACAUUUGCGCAUACGUGUGGGAGUACAUUCGGGCGCCGUUGUCGCCGGUAUUGUGGGCUUGAAGAUGCCGCGCUAUUGCCUGUUUGGCGACAGCGUUAAUACCGCCUCCCGCAUGGAAUCGACCAGCAUUGCCAUGAAGGUGCACAUCUCGGAGUCCACCAAGGUGCUGAUUGGACCCAGUUACAAGAUACUCGAGCGCGGCGAGAUCGAUGUCAAGGGCAAAGGCACCAUGAAGACCUACUGGCUGGAGGAGCGCGAGAAUCGCCUGCCGCUGCAGCUCACCUCUGGCCUCCAGCUGCAUCCCAUGUCCGCUGCUCCGCCGCUAACGCCCAUUCCCAAGGCCAUUAUGCCGCCGCCCAAGCCAGUGACGCCAGUUGCACCGCCUCCCGCCGCUGAGCCUGUCCAGCCCCAUGCUCAGACAUCGCUGGCCAAUGUGGUGAUGGGUGCCAGUGGUGCCGUGGCUGCAGCCACAGCGUUGGCUCAUCAUGCACCGCCAGUAGCAGCGGCAGCGAGCACAACGCCGGCUGCAGCAAGUGGCGAUGAGCGCAGCAGUCGCAUCUAUUCGCCGGUCACGUUCAAGGAUGUGGCUAGGCGCAGCAUCGCCAAUUCACCGGUGCGCGGCAGCGGUGGCAGCGGUUGUUGUCCCGAGCAGAGCAAGCGACGCGAAUCCCGCUCCAAUUCCACUGGUCACGUGUUCAUGCGCUCGCCCAGCGACAUCUUUGGCUCCCUAAUACUCGACACCGAGGAGUUUCUCGAGGAUCUGCAGAUCUCGCGCGGCUCCCUCGCCAACUCCAGCAGCAACAACAAUAACAUCAGUCAAUCGCCCUGCGGCUUUAGUCCCACGCCACCAUUUCGCAUUGGCAGCGCACCGGCAAAGCCGCGACCCAACAAUCCGGACAUGUUUACGGCCGAGGAAUUGGCCGCCAUGGAUCAGCUGACGCCGCCAUCCACAGCUCCGGCACGUGAGACGGCCACUUGCAGCAGUGCCGCCAGCCUAAAGCCAUCCACAUCGAAUGUGUCGCUGGAACGCGACAAGGCACUGGCCAAGAUGAACACCACCCUGGAGGCCACUAAUACACCACCAGCAGCGCCAAUCACAGCACCAGUUGUCGCACCCAUCGUCGCUGCAGCAACUUCUAAAGUGGCAACUUCUAAUAUGGCGACUCCCUCAGCAACAGUUGGUGUCUGCCCCAUGCGGCAGCCAAAAACGCUGCCCUUGCAGCCUGUUCAUGGUGGCACAGCACCUGCUGCGGUGCAGGCCAACAGUGAGAACAGUCGACCGGGAUCCAAGGACUCUAUGACAUCCAUAUCACUGCACUCACCGCCGCCGCAUCGCUCAAAUUCCGCACCAGCCAGACCCCAUUCCAUGUCGAAGGCCGCGCGAAAAGCCUUUCUGGCUGCCAAGCAAACUAAGGCCAUGGAGAAACUGGACAAAAUGAUUGAAGAAGCCCAGGAAGUGGAGUCGCAGUCAACGGCGAAGGCAGCCAAUAUGCGUCUAGCCAUUUUUGGACACGAUGGCGGUGGCGUGGGAGACUUGGCAGCCGGUGGUUGCCCUCUAUUUCUGCCACCACCACCAGCCCAAGCGAUGGGUCGUGCCAUGCCGAGCUCCAUAUCCGAUUCGAGUAUUUGCAAUCAUGGGCAUAGCCAUGCGCCCAGCUGUCACCAUACGCUGCACGAACCGAAGCUGAGCAACAGCCAGAGUUUCCAGCAUGCCCGCAGCUCCGGGCCAAUUACACAUCAAUGCUGCAGUGGUUUUGGCCAUGGCAAUGGACGACACUCGCACCGCAUGCACUCGAAUGCCUGUAAUCUGCUCUAGAGAGAGAGAGAGAAAUGAGAACUAAGAAUACCUGACAGUGGAACUGAAACCAAAAACACUUCUUCAUAUCGUACAAUAUGUUUUUGUCAAUGUUUCCGCGUGCGCUAUAUAGAGACGAUAGAGAGCAAUUAUUAGAGAUUAGUUAGUUGUUGAUUCUCAUAAUCUAUGUGUACCUAGUCUACAUGAUGUAUUGUAUGUAUGUAUAACUUUAGGUAGUCUUGCUAUGAAGAGCUUUCAAUGUCUAUUGAAACACAAGUGAAUUAUCAACUAUUUAACUAUUUAUGAAUCUAUUUAGCUACAUAUGUUAAAUGUUUAAACGCAAGAUACAAAUUUCUUGACCUCUCGAAAAUGACAAUACAAAUACACACAACAAAAAACGUUAAGAGAAUAUUUGUUGAAUUAAGGCUUCACACACAUCCCCGGUACCACCUAACAUACAUAUAUGUACAUGUACUUAAAUUAUAUACUAUAUAUUCUAUAUACUUAUGUGUAUCUAUGUAUAAUAUUUGUAGUAGUAAAUGCUUCAAGAUACUUAAUUAUUUUUUUAAAAACGUCAAGAGGAAAGUAAAAAGCUAAAGAACGAAGAAGUACAAAAAACGGGCACUCAAAGUUCAUAUAUUGUAGUAUGUAUAUUUGUAUUUUGAGAAAUGCAUCAACUUUAGGUCCAGAGAUAAAUACAUAUGUAUAUAUAUAUAUAUAUAUAGAAUUGACAAAUUGAACAUAGAGGGAAAAGCGACGCUAAUUGUAUUAGGAAAAUGUCUGAGUUUUGUUUACUUAAGAACCGUACUUAUAAUUUU